AUGACUACUGGUUUGAUUGAGAAAGUAAAUUCCGCUGAGUGCGAAGAAAUCGGGGCGCGCGCGCCAAACAUAAUCGAACGCGAAAAACCUCCAACAAAGUACCCCAAAUCGGUCGCAUUCUUUAUCACCAAUGAGUUCUGUGAUCGCUUCACUUAUUAUGGAUUGCGUACGAUUCUCGCGUUGUAUCUCACCACCAAAUUGCACUACGACAAGGAUACGGCGACUGUACUUUACCAUUCUUUUACCAUGUCAGUGUAUCUAUUUCCAAUAGUUGGCGCCAUUAUCGCGGACUGUUGGUGGGGUAAAUUCAGAACGAUUCUUUACUUCUCGAUGGUGUAUGUCUUAGGUGCACUGAUUUUAUCGCUUGCCGCCAUACCGCCGCUACAACUGCCGGUGAAGGUGAUCACCCUACUCGGUCUAGUGCUGAUCGCGCUGGGCAAAGGUGGCAUUAAGCCGUGCGUUUCGGCCUUCGGCGGUGAUCAGUUCCGCAUGCCAGAGCAAGCCAAACAGCUAGCCACCUUCUUUUCGAUUUUCUACUGCGCCAAUAACGCCGGUUCUACCAUCGCCUCCGUAAUCACACCAAUGCUGCGUGAGGAUGUGCAUUGCUUUGGUGAUAUGAAUUGUUUUUCGUUGGCUUUCGGUGCGCCAGCGGUGCUUAUGUUACUCUCGGCUGUGAUCUUCAUUGCUGGCCGCAAAUUGUAUGUGGUUAAGCCACCUGCUGGCAAUAUUAUAUUCGGCGUUUCAAAAUGCAUUUCGCGUGCCAUUACCGGUUGGCGACGUGAGCGCAAGACAAAUCCACGCAAACAUUGGCUGGACUAUGCGGAGCCGACUUCGGGUCAAAAGAUGGUGGCCGAUACCAAGUUGCUGCUGAAGAUACUUACGCUAUUUUUGCCAUUUCCCGUCUUCUGGGCGCUUUACGAUCAGCAAGGCUCACGCUGGACCUUCCAAGCGACACGAAUGAAUGGCGAAACAUUCGGUUAUGUCAUUAAGCCAGAUCAGAUGCAGGUCGCCAGCCCGUUACUAAUUCUCGUCAUGAUACCGCUAUUCAACUAUGUGAUCUACCCCAUUUUGGCGAAGCUGGGCAUUAAGCGACCUUUGCAAAAGCUCACGCUUGGUGGCCUACUGGCCGCCGUUGCUUUCCUGCUCUCUGCCUUGCUCGAUGUCCAACUGAAUACCGUCGAUGUAACGCUUCCUACGGAAUUCGACGCCCAUCUGCGCAUAUAUAAUGGUAUGCCCUGUGCCUACCGUUUUGCUACGCCGCUACCGAAUCGGCCGGAAUUUGUUGAACCACUUGGCUUGUUGGAGGCUAAGUCGUUGUCCGUACCGCAGUCACACGUUUAUGUAUACAACGCCACCUCAGCGAGCCUACGUUGCAAGGACUUCUCAGGCGCGUUUCGGCUGACACCUGGUAAGGAGACCAGCUACUACAUUUCCGACGAAGGCAUGCAGGAGUUUUUCGACUCGUCGGCUAAACCAAAGCUUGGUUCGUCAAUGGUGCGCGUGUUGCUAAAUGUGCCGGCCAACGAGAGCGCUAUCACCUUAACUGUUGAUGAAGCGGAGACACCGAUGCCUUUGGUCCUUCACAGCGUCACCCAGGUGGUGUACGUCGCACCUGGAGAAACCAAGUUGCAGCUGGCGAAUAAGCAAAUCACAAGCAUAAAUACGAAGAGUGGUGGCGUAUACGCUCUACUGGUACAGGGUAAUACCAUAGAUGGCUUCAACUCGAAAUUGCACGCCAUUGCCCAGUCAAAUCGCAUUCAUAUUAUGUGGCAACUACCUCAGAUAAUUGUGAUGACAGCAGCUGAAAUCAUGUUCUCCAUAACAGGCUUGGAAUUUUCAUACACACAGGCACCACCGAGUAUGACGUCCAUAUUGCAAGCCUGCUGGCUCCUCUCCAUCUCUAUCGGCAACUUGUUGGUGGUGGUUAUAGCUGAAUUGAAAUUAUUCAAGUCGCAGGCUGCUGAAUUCGCACUUUUUGCGGCCAUCAUGAUUGUUGACAUGCUCAUUUUUAUCUUACUUGCUAUUCCAUAUAAAUAUGUGGAGCAUGGCAGGGAUGAGCAAGCGAAUCAAGUGGUGGCUACAACCGGCACUUGCAAGCACAGAGAAGCAGAGAGGAAACCUUACACGGGCAGUAAAGGAAAUGGGCAAGUCAAUGAGGUUUACGAAGGAGGACAUUAA